GUCACUGUUAUGAUUGGUGGUGAGCCAUACACACUUGGACUUUUUGACAGUGCCGGUCAAGAAGAUUUUGAUCGUCUUCGACCUCUUUCGUACCCGGGAACUGACAUCUUCCUCGUCUGCUUCUCCGUAGUUGCACCAAUUUCGUUUGAGAAUGUUCAAGAAAGCUAUUCUCAGUGGAUCCCAGAACUCGCUCAUUAUAGCCCAAAUAUCCCAUUUCUAUUAGUGGGCACACAAGUGGAUCAACGGUAUGAGCGUACAGUGGUAGACAAACUGGCCAGGAAUAGGCAAAAGCCAAUUACGAAAGAAAUGGGAGACAAAUUAGCAAGAGAUUUGGAAGCUGUCCAAUAUGUGGAAUGUUCAGCACUCACUCAGGUGAGGUUUUUCUUGGAAAAUGUCUCAACAAAAGGACUGAAAGCUGUAUUUGACGAAGCAUUUAUGGCUGUGUUGGAGCCAAAAACAAGAAGAAUCAAGGAACGGAAAUGUAAAAUCCUGUAA